AAAAAUUCAAUUCAGUACCUCACGGCUCACGGGUUGUAGGAAGUUAACACCGCUGUUACCCGCAUGUUUUCAAUCUUCUACAGUACAAAUAACAUUGUGACAGAUGGCCACACCUUCAGUAGAUGACACAAGGCCAUUUGAGGGGUUGAAGAUAUCCGAAAACUGGCGAAAGCUCCAGACCCUUGAUGAUAGAAGUGUAUGUGAAAGAUGCAACAAGUCUAGAAAAUACUUUUGCUACACCUGCUACCUCCCUGUAGCCGAAAUAAAAAACGACGUCCCUAAGAUCAAGCUUCCUUUAAAAGUAGAUGUGAUAAAACAUUGCAAGGAAAUCGAUGGGAAAAGCACUGCCAUCCAUGCUGCUGUCAUCUGCCCAGAAGAUGUCACCAUUUAUACAUAUCCGGCAAUACCAAAUUAUGAUCCUGAAAAAACCUUAUUGGUUUUUCCUGGUAAGGAAGCAAAAUCUUUGGAUCACUGGAUGUCCAGGACUGAAGUAACAUUUGAGAAAGUCAUUUUCAUUGACUCGACAUGGAAUCAGUGCAAAGGCAUUUAUAAAGAUGCAAGAAUUAAACGGUUGCCUUGUGUAGUUCUAAGAAACCGUAUAACACAAUUUUGGCGGCAUCAAAAUGGAAGCCCGCGCUGGUAUUUGUCCACGAUCGAGGCUAUCCACCAGUUUUUCUUUGAGUAUUGGUUACUGGUUAAUAAAAAUGAGCAGCUGAAAUCAACAUAUAAUGGAGAAUAUGACAACCUAUUGUUCUUUUUUAGAUUUAUGUAUGAUAUGAUUCAUACACUUUAUAAUCAUGAAACAUUAAAAUCAUACAAACGACCUUUGGAAUAAUGUGAAUUAGAUUUUUAUGAAAUAUAAUUUAUUAACACGUUU